AAUGAUUCGAUUCACCAUGAAUCAGUCCAUAUAGUGGAUGUGUAUGUAGUUUCUACAUUUUUUUUUUUUUGUUCAUUGAAACUACCAGAACAACAACAACAACAAAAAAAUCCUAAAUUCCGGUUCGACAUGUGAUUCAAAAUAAAAAACAAUCCUCUUUGAAUUUUUUUUAUUAUAAUUUUGUAUGCUGUGUGGUGUUUUAAACUAGUCAUUUUUUUUCAUUGAUUCGAAAACAAAUAAAUUCCUAUAUAUUCAAUCACAUCAUCAUGUCAGAUCAUCAUCAUCAUCAUCAUCAUCACCAACAACAACGUCAUCGUCGUUGUCGUAUCUGGUUUCAUCGACUAAUCAAUGAUUCCAUUCUUUUAUUAUUGAUCAUCAUUAUUAUUUCAUCAUUUAAUGGUAUCACCAAUGCUUUCAAUUUAGAUACAUUUACAGCAUUAGUACAACGUGGUCCUACUGAAACAUAUUUUGGUUUUUCAGUUGCAUUACAUAAAGAUCGUAAUGUUAGCUGGUUAUUAGUCGGAGCACCAUUAGCGCAGACUGAUCAACCAAAUGUUGAACAUGGUGGUGCUGUUUAUCGUUGUUCAAUCGAUUCAAUAAAUACAUGUCAACAGAUUACAUUCGAUCGUACUGGACCAUCAGUUGUUAAAAUAAAAGGUCGUGAUUAUCAAGAGGAUGAAAAAUCUAAUCAAUGGUUUGGUGCUACAUUACAUAGUACACCAGAAGGACCUAUUGUGGCAUGUGCACCAAGAUUUGUUUAUUUUACAACCAGUUUAACAAGACGUGAUCCAAUUGGUACCUGUUGGAUAUCACGUGGUUCAUUCACUGUUUAUCAAUAUUCACCAUGUCGUAAUACAAAUUGGGGUUAUCAUCGACAAGGUUCAUGUCAAGCUGGUAUGUCGGCAGCUGUAAGUAAAAAUGGUAAACAAUUAUUUGUUGGUGCACCCGGAAGUUUAUAUUGGCAAGGACAAGUAUUCGAACAUGAUCUUGAAUUGAUGACAAGUAUACAAACAAAAAACAAAGCACUUUCAUCCGAAGAUGACAGUUUUCUUGGUUAUUCAGUGACAGUUGGGCAAUUUUCCGGCAGUAGAGAUUAUGAUGCGGCUGUUGGUAUGCCAAAAGGCAAUAAUCAUACCGGUAAAGUUGUCAUAUUCAAUUCAUUGUUACAAAAUACAGCCAAUAUUAGUGGUGAACAAAUGGGAUCAUAUUUUGGUUAUUCAUUGGCUACAGCCGAUAUUAAUGGUGAUGGUCUGGAUGAUAUUAUUAUCGGUGCACCAUUAUAUUCAUCACCAAUGGAAAAAGAUCAAAGUUAUGAAAAAGGUCGUGUAUAUGUUGCUUUACAAAAUCGUGAUCAUCAAUUCCGAAUUAGAUCAGAAAAUGGAUAUGUUAGUGGUAAAACAAGUAAAGGACGUUUUGGUCUUUCUGUUGCAUCAUUAGGCGAUACGAAUAAAGACGGUUUUGAUGAUAUUGCUGUUGGUGCACCAUAUGAUGGAACGAAUUCGAAUGGAAUUGUAUACAUAUUGCUUGGAUCGAAAACUGGUAUCAAACCAGAUUAUUCACAGGCAAUACAUGCAGAAGAUAUAGCUGAUCCAGGAUUACGAACAUUUGGUUAUAGUUUAUCUGGUGGUAUGGAUGUUGAUUCAAAUACUUAUAAUGAUCUAUUGAUCGGUGCAUAUCAUUCGGAUCGAGUUGUAUUGAUGAAAGCACGACCAGUGGUCAAUGUAACGGCAACAUUAACAACAACGAAAGAUAAUGUUAAUCUUGAAGAUCGUGAUUGUACAACAUCCGAUGGUAAUCGUGCACUUUGUGUUACCAUUAAAGUUUGUCUAUCAUAUUCGGGCGUUGGCGUCGAUAAUCGACUUGAAUUCCAUUACCGUACAAUAUUAGAUGCAAGCGUUUCAUCAAGUAUGCCACGAUUAUAUUUUCUACAUAAAGAACGUGAAAAUGAAGAAGAAUUAGUUACAAUAUUAAGCAAAGGACAAACUUGGUGUAAAGAACGUCAAGCAUAUUUUAUUAAUAAUGUUCGUGACAAAUUAACGCCAAUCAAUAUAACAUUAGAAUAUUGGCUACCACGAAUGACACGUUCAAUGAUGGAUCAAACUAAUGUUGGAUAUUCCGGAUCAUUGGAUUCACGUUUAACGCCCAUACUUAAUAAUGAACAACCAAGUUUUCUAAGUAAACAAUUAUCGAUACGAAAAAAUUGUGGCUAUGAUAAUAUCUGUAAACCUGAUCUAGCAUUAUCAGCAAAAUUAAAUGUUGAUGAAUAUGUUGUUGGUAGUCGAAAAAAAUUAUUAAUGUCAGUUUUUGUUAAAAAUCAAGGUGAAGAUUCAUAUGAAACUGUGUUCAAUAUGCGUAUGCCAUAUGAUGUACAUUAUAUUCGUAUUAAUAAAUCAGCUGCUCAUCCCGAAAUUGUUUGCUAUGGUGCACGACCAGAAUUGACUGGUGUCAAUGAUCUAACAUGUGAUAUUGGAAAUCCAUUACGAUCAGGCAAAACUGCCGAAUUCAUUGUCAUUAUGGAACCAGCGAAAAUCAAUUCAGCAACAACACCGAAUUAUCUAUUUCUAAUGAAUGUGACAAGUGCUAAUAGUGAAAGUGAUAAUGCAUUAGAGAAUAAUCGUUAUGAAAUUGGCAUACCAUUACGUGUACAAGCUGACUUGAAUAUUUUUGGUAUAUCCGAGCCGGAGGUUAUUUCAUAUAAUUAUUCAACAAUAGAAACAUGGACGAAACCCCAGAAUCUAGAAGAUAUAGGCAGAGAACUUAGCCAUUCAUAUACUGUACAAAAUAAAGGUUUGACGACAAUCAGUAGAGCAGAAAUCACGAUACUUUGGCCCACACGAGAUCUUCGUGGAAAUUUUCUAUUCUAUCUAGUCGAUCAAGUUCAAAUAAAAGGCCGUCCAAACAAAGGAUUCUGUCGAACAAUUACCAGAGAUGAUCUUAAUCCACUUGGUCUUAAGUCUCGUAGAUCAAAUAAUCAUCAACUGACUCGUACAACUCGAGCUUUGCCAAACAUUUUCAAACGAAAACAAACCACACCACCGACAGAAGAUUCAUUGGAAGCUGAACUUCAGGCCAAAUAUAAAGCUCUUACAAGUUCGUGCGUUGAUGUUGCCAAAUGUACAAAAAUUGAAUGCAUAGUACAAGAACUUGAAACAAAUGAAAGCGUCGUAUUCACUGUACGUUCACGUUUCUGGAAGGAACAAAUACAAUUAGUCGGAUUGGAAGAAUUUGAACAAUCAUCGAAAAUGAUAGCAAUGAUCACUGCCUUACCAUAUGAUGUACAUAAAAGUUUUCUACAGCCAACAGUACAAACAGCUAAAACGAAAAUAUUCGUCACCGGAAUGGGACGAAUCGAAUUGAUUCCAUUAUGGCUUGUAAUUGCAGCCAUAUUAAUCGGUUUGCUCAUAUUGGCCAUAUUGGCCUGUUGUCUAUGGAAAUUAGGAUUCUUCAAACGUAAACGUCCACCAAGUACAUCGGAUCGUGAACCACUUCGUAAUUCAUCACUUUAAAAUGAGAAAAAAAGCGUGUUAGAAAAUUAACGAAAAAAAAAUUCAAUUCAAUUCAAUUACAAUUUGA